UUAAAGCUUUACCUCGCGACAGCAGGUGAGGUCAAACGCGUUAAAAAAAAAAGGGGGAGGACCUAGCGGACGGUCAGGUGGAAAUAAGCUUUUUAUCUGCCAAGUCGGGGACAAAUGGACGAGAACAAAACGGUUUUGGUGGAGAGCCUCAUAAUAUGGCUACAGACAUUCAACACGUCUGCACUGUGCACAACAGUAGAGGACCUGACCACAGGAGCUGCCAUAUCACAGGCUUUACAUCAAAUAGACCCGUCGUGGUUCACUGACGGAUGGCUCGCUCGCAUCAAAACAGACGUGGACGACAACUGGAGGCUGAAGUUGAACAACCUGAAGAAGAUCCUGCAGAUGGUGCUAGAGUAUUACAACGAGGUCUUGGUCCAAGGGCUCUUUGGCUUCCCCCUGCCAGACGUGGCCCUGGUUGCUGAGCACUCGGACCCUGUGGAGCUGGGCAGGCUGCUGCAGCUCGUCCUGGGCUGCGCCGUCAAAUGUGAGCGCAAGCAAGAAUACAUCCAGAUCAUCAUGACGCUGGAGGAGUCCGUGCAACACGUCGUCAUGGCAGCCAUCCAGGAGCUAUUACAUAGAGAGACCAUGACCCCCUUAGGAGCAGAACUGUCUGGGGACCUGGAACAGCAGCUCAGAAAAGCUCUGGAGGAACUUACGGAACUUUCGUCAGAGAAGGAAGCGCUCGCGCAACGCUGCCAGGAGUUGGACCAGCAGGUGGCCAUUCUCCAAGAGGAGCAUAACAUCCUGCUGGCCGAGAACGAUGUCCUGACCGACCGAGCCAAUCAGCUGGACACCUUCGACGAUCCCAACACGCCGUCGGGCAGGAAGCACAGCCAGUUACAGCAGCAGCUGGAAGCGUUGCAGGAGGAGAACUUCAGGUUGGAGGCUGCCAAGGACGAUUACAGGAUCCACUGCGAGGAGCUGGAGAAGCAGCUGGUGGAAGUCCAGCACCGCAACGACGAGCUCACCGGCCUGGCGGAGGAGUCCCGAUCGCUCAAAGACGAGCUGGACGUCCUCAGGAAUUGUUCCGACCGGGUGGUGAUGCUGGAGGCCUCGGUGGAGACGUACAAGCGAAAGCUGGAGAACCUGGGGGACCUGAAGAGGCAGAUGAAGCUUUUAGAGGAGAACAACACCAUCUACAUGCAGAACACCGUCAGCCUGGAGGAGGAGCUGCGCAAGGCCAACGCCGCCCGUGCGCAGCUGGAGACGUACAAGCGCCAGGUCCAAGAACUCCACAGAAAGUUGUCGGACGAGACGAGGCGAGCGGACAACCAGGCCUUUGAGAUGAAGAAGCUGGAGGAGAAACACGAGUUGGUGGUGAAGGAGAAAGAGCGCGUCAUCGUGGAAAGAGACUCCCUGAAGGAACUCAAUGAGGAACUUCGGUGCACCCAAGCGCAGCAGCGCCAGCUCUCCCAAGCAGGGAUGCUUCCUUGCAGGAGCCCCAGCCACGAUAACCUGGCAGCAGAAUUGAUCCCCGUCGAGCACAGAGAGAAGUUCAUCAGGCUUCAGCACGAGAACAGGAUGCUGAGAGUGCAGCAGGAGGAGAUUGAGCGGGAGAAGAUCGCCUCUCUGCAGGCUCAGCUGGAGGAUGCGCACAAGAGUCACAGCCAACUGGACACAGAGAACAGAUUGAGUCGCCAGCGGGUCAGCGAGCUACAGCAGCAGGUUGAGGAUCUCCAGAAGGCUCUGCAGAGUCAGGCCGUCAAGCCCGAUGACUCAAACCUGAAGCGGAAACUGGAUGCGCACAUGGUCCAGCUGAAUGAGGCUCAGGACGAAAUAAUGAAGAAGAAAGAACUGCUGGAGGACCUGCAGCCCGACAACACUCAGAACUCGUUAAAGGUGGACGAGCUCAUGGCUGCACUGAAGAAGAAGGAUGACGACAUGAGGGCCAUGGAGGAAAGGUACAAAAUGUACCUGGAGAAAGCUCGCAAUGUGAUCCGAGCUCUCGACCCUAAACUGAACCCUGCCACCGCUGAGAUCCACGCUCUGAGGAACCAGCUGGCAGACCGAGACAAGCAAAUCCUCAACCUUGAGCGUCAGUGCGAGCAGGCCCGACUGCGCGAAUAUGAGGAGAAGCUGAUCGUCUCGGCUUGGUACAACAAGAGUCUGAACUUUCAGAAGCUGGCCAUCGAGUCGCGUCUCGGCGGCCGCGUCGGCUCCGCGCAGUCCCCCGGCCAGUCCUUCUUGUCCCAACAGCGGCAAGUGUCCAACGCCCCUCGCCGGGCGCUCUCCAUCAGCGUGCCCAGCGCCACCUCCAAAUAGAGGCACUCGGAGCCACGUGCCUCCCCUUAUUUAGCUAAAACGGUGGUUCCCAACCUUUCUUGAGCCGAGGCACAUUUUUUUUUUUUACUCGAAGAACCUCACAGUACGCCACCAAACAAAAAUGUCACAAAAAAUAUACAGUACACACUGCUCAUGAAAAGUUAGCGAUUUGGGCGUCGGGGGGAAAUUUUAGCAUGAACCUCAAAUGCACUUCCUGACCCCGCAUAUUCACAGUCCAGCAUUUGCAAAUUCACAUUCACGGACGUAUUUGGCCGGAACUUAUCCUGUGUUGCUUGCUGAAAAAUUCCCCCUUCAAAAUUCACACAAAAGUAUUGCUUUGUAGGCAUCUUUGUGCCAAGGAACUAUGUUGAGUGAGUUGAGGAGUUUCAUUUAGACAAAAGUAGCAUCUACAGGUAAUUGUAAACCUUUUUAGAGGGUUGGAUUUCCUCUAUUUGUGGUCGGGCUUGGAACAAUUUGGUGAAAUUGGCUCAUUUCCCGCGACACACUGCCGCGGCUUAAGUGGUUGGGAAUCACUGAGCUAAUCACCCUCAAGUGACCUUAAACACGUCAGCACCUGGGGGUCUGGUGAAGGAUGAGGCCGACGAGUACUCUGAUGACGGGACUCGAGGCCGCCCAGCUUAUCCGACAUUAGCCAGAACGUCGGGAAUGUUUUCCCACGCUGACUGAAUGGAAUGCUCACAACCUUUAAAUACUUAACAGAAGGAGGUCCAAGCUCCAUUUCUGUCCAUGGUGACACAUGGCCCGUUUGGUAGAUUUGGUGCCGGCCAGUAAGUUACUUAUGUAUGUAGCGAUGCGUAACAAUAUAAAAGUUGAUCUAAUGACUGACGAACAAUCAGGAGGCCAGAAAUCCAGCAUGUGUCAUGUUAUUAGACAUGGAGUUGCACUGCUAAUGUUAUGUGAAUUGAACACCAGCGUUUUUAUCCAAGCGGGCCACACAGGAUUGAGCUAAUUCAUACAAGUUAUAAUGCGAACACGACAGUUGAAAUCAUUAAGCAUAGUUUUGAAUCACGGGUGUUGACGCUCUGGGGUUUGUUUAGGUGCUUUAAUCUGACACAAGGCAGGCUCGUCCUGUCCGGAUGUGUUAAUAUGCAAAUAUGCCUAGUGCAGAUUCUUGUAUGUUAUCAAAUAGCACAGUGCACUUAAGUAUAUGUAAUUUUGGGGGGUAAAAAAAAAUAAUAAAAAUGUUUGAAUGAAAUGUUUUAAAGCAAUAUUGUGAAUAAAUUAAGCGCUUUUCUGAAA